AUGCACGAAAUCUUCCUCACAGCCCUCAUAGAGGACAAAGACUUCAGCUCAGCAUGCUCCAUCCUAGGCGGUCUCACUAACAUGGAUCCCUGGAAAUCCAUCCAACGAGUCCUCUACUUCCAAGGUCCUCCGCGCCCGACGGGCAUCUCCAACCAGGCCUCCAUAGAAAAGCCCAUACGGCCCGGCACGGGCUUCUUGUGGAAAGACCUGCAUCAGAACUUGAAGCGGCAGUCGUUCAUACUGCAGACGAGGUAUGAUGUGGUUCAGGAGCGUGAUAUGGGACCUGGUGCGCCGCCGAUGGAUCUUGAUGCGACGCAGGGGAUUCUGAAGUGGACGGAUUUUCCGGAUCCGCCUAGAAAGCAGCCUUUGCUUACGCAGAGGAAGAUGGUGGAGCUUUGGGAGCAGAAGAGAUUGCCUUCGUUGAUGCGCGACAAUGACCACACGUUCAAGACGGAGACAAUCGAGGAAAUGUAUCACUUCUACCGAGAUGAAGUAGAGUUCUGUCUAAUACGACACUACUUCCUGCACCCCAUAGAGAACUACGUCCCCAUGGAGACAAAGCAACAGCAAUCCUUCCCACUAGGCAGUCUCCCCUCCUUUGACUCACUCACACCGGUGGAUCAGCAAAAGCGAUGGUUCCUUCACGUCAAGGCGCACGUUGUGCAAGACAACAAACCCGAGGAGCUGGUUAAAGUCCAGGAGAAGCUACUAGCGACUAGGAGAGAACUUGAGGGCGUGUUUGACUUCCGAGGGAUUGAUCGAAAGGUUCACGAUACGAGAGUGAUGCAGCAAGCGCAGGGAGUGCAACAGUUGCCGCAGAAGGUGACGAUUGGGAAGUAG